AUGUGGGAGCUGCAAGUUGUUUUCGCGAUUGUCCUCAACUUUGUUCACACCGCGUCGACAGAGCUUCUGUCCAGCGGGACGUUCUGCAUGGUGGACCCCACAAAGGCCAGGGACCUUCCCGGUAACUCAUACUACUGCCCGGCCUACAACGAGGACGGCUCGCUCAACACGUUCACAGAGUGCUGCAGCGACGGGAGACCGGGACCAGACUACCAAAAGUGCUGCCAGACUGGGGAGGUCAGAUCAGAACAAAAGUGGGGCUCGAUUAAAGAGACAGGCAUCUACGUUGGCAUAGCAACGGCCUGCCUCCUAACCAUCAUCUUCGUCUUCACCUACUGUCGCUCAGACACCUACCCCUGCGUGGGGGCGCUACAGCGACGUGUCAAGUACGGGAAGGACGCCUGCCUGGACGCCAUCUGCUUCUGCGACUGUUUUAAGACGAAACGGAAGACCCAGCGGCGACUAGAGGCGACCAAACUGAACCAGAUCGAACCGCUCUGUGAAAGGACAGGCAGCCAGGAGCAGCUCGUAGUGCCCAUGGUUGUGCUGGAGGACAAGCAACAAUUCUGGUGGUAGUCUGCGGUGUGCUGUGGAAUUUGGACUCUGAGAAAAAUUCGGACUUAUUCACCGCAUGCACUGCGCAUUGGUGUUGUAACACGAGAACUGACAUGCUUCGUGUGCCGCCGACGGGAACUUUUACGAGUCGAAAUUUCAUGUCAGGUUACAUAUGGACACGGACAUUGGCAAGUCCGUUUUUCAUAAUUGUUGCAAAUUUUGUCUGAUUAAUAAGAAAUUGGGAGUUAUCUUUCCAAUGCAGUUCACUUCUUCUAUGUGUAUAAUGUUUAACAUCCCUCGGGCUAUAAAGAAAAGUAUGUCUCAUAUUUCGUCAUCCGACACUUCGAAUUUUUUGAAUCGUUCGGGCUUGCUAACGUCUAAGGCCGGCCUCAGGUCGACCCGUGAUUUGCUUGCGCCACGACGGAACCGUCGGCAUCAAGCAGAAAACGCUCAGGUCACAAAAGAAGAAAUCGUGUGAUGGUCGCGGAACACGUCGCAGAAGUUGAAUUUUUUUCUACUCUUGCGACUGUUGAUUUUUUUUGAGCGCAAACUGAAGCCGAUCGUUUUAAUAUCGUUGCAGUUACACUGAGGUCGCACAAAAUCGGCGACUGAAAUGUUCCCGACGGUCGUAGCUCAGGCGCAGCUUGAUCCGGAAAAGUCAGUUGCCGACUGAUCUGUGUCGUCGCAAGGUCGACCUGAGGCCGGCUGUAGUCUCUGAUUUUGGAGUUUUCAAUUCGUACAAUGAGUAAUAGUCAAUACACGUGCACGUUUGGAGACUAUACGUAUUGGAUAUCUGUUAAUUGUUAACUUUUCUAUAAGGUACUAAAUGAGAACUUUUUACUCAUCAUCUUUCGCCUCACUGAAUAGUUGCGUGCAAUUUUGAACGGAUUUGGACUUGACUGCGAGUACUUUAGUCGGUGGAGAUUUGUUCGAACAUUACAAGCUUUUAAUGACAAAGCCAAACCGGAAACGAAACCUACCUUUUAAAAAGGGUCAUCUUGCCUAUUUUAAGUCCAGUGGCGAUCUUACGUCAUGGCGUCGGGGAAUUGUCAGGUCAGGGAACCAGACUACUGAGGGCGCUGUAGUGAUGACAUUUUUUAAUUUAACAAACGCUAUAAUUUACAUUGUUUUAGAGCAAUUAACUGAACUUUUCUCAAUCUAAUGUAAAAACUACAUACAAUUAUUUUUCAACCACACGUGGAUUCACUGAUAUUUACCCAAAAUAUUUUGAAUAUACAGCGCCCUCAUUCGGCCUAUAUUAAGAUAAAAAGAAAUGAGUUUAUCUGGGGAAGAUGUACUGAUUAAAAGGGAGGCAAGACCUUCGAAAUCAG